CCACCGCCGCCUCGGCCGCCAACGUACAAUCAACACCACCACAGCAGGUUUCACCCAGCGGCUGCAGAUGAUCACCUUCGAAGAUCGUGGUCUGUUCAUCGCGAAAUCACUAUACGCCGGUCUGUCUGCUCGCCAACAUUGGUGCUGCUCUUCGUGGUCAGGAUCGAAACCAACCGUCUCUCUUGUAGUGUUUAUCAUAUCGCGUUAUUCGUGGUGUUCGCGAUCCCAAAGAUCAAAAUUCGUAGCGUGUGAAGAGUAUCACGCAUCUCCGAGAUUUUUCAUAACUUUCGGGUUUAAUUGACUCCGGCUGACGACAUCGGCCAACUUUAUUCCUCGCGCGCUUUUCUUCUUCCACAGGAGAAAAAUUCAUAACAGCAACAUCAGCAUCCUGCCGUGGUGGAGGAUGUUGUGAGGGAAACUUUUUAAGUCAUCAAUUAGGAAAAAAGCGAAACAGAGGGAAAUUCUGGAGGCGGAAAGGAUGGCGGCAUGCUGUUGUCGGAGGAGGAGGAAUCGAAGCAUAUUGAGGCUCAAUAUGCUGAUGGCGGUCUCCCUAUUCUGCAGCUCGAUCGGGAAAACCGUACAAAGUUGCCUUAAUGAAGGGAUUCUGUUGAAGUCUGGCCUGGGACCAUCCGAUAAGUAUAAUAUAUUGGAGGAGCACAACAAAUUGCGACAAGCGGUGGCACAGGGCCUCAUACCUGGCCAACCGGCCGCUGAGAAUAUGCUGGAAAUGCAAUGGGAUAACGAGCUGGCGGCCAAAGCACAAGAGUGGGCCGAUCAGUGUCUGUUCAAGCACGAUCCAAAAAAGCGAUUAGGACGCUUCAAUAUGGGACAGAAUCUAGCACUCGUCUGGAGUGGUGGCUCGUUGGAAGACGACCGAGACACCGAUUUCCCAGGACGCAUACGAAAGUGGUUCGACGAAGUUAAAAAAUACUCAUUCGGGGAGAGAUUUUCUCUGUCCACCGGUCACUAUAUGCAGCUGGUAUGGGCUGACAGCUUCCUGGUCGGUUGUGGUUAUUCCUAUUACUACUAUGGAAACAAAUACAAUAAAUUGUACGUCUGCAACUACGGGCCAGGCGGAAAUGUGCAAGGUCAACAACCGUAUGUCACUGGUCGUCCGUCCUGCGAACAGUUCGGUCUGCAGAAAUCCCGCACCUAUCCAAGCUUGUGUAUGCCUGGAGGAGUGGACCCUUAUCAUCACAACAACGUGAUUCCCCCAAAUUAUUAUUCUUAUCGAACCUCAUCAAAUAAUCAUGGGAAUCAACACUACACUUCAGCUUAUCCCUCAGCUGCCACCAAUUCAAAUCAUCAACUUAACGACAAUAAUAUCCUGCUCAACCUUAUAUUUGAUCAGAACAAACAACAGCAGCAUCAUUAUCAGACUCCGCAGUCGCCGCAUCAGCAAAUACAGCAGCACCUGCCAAGUCCAUCGGCCGCUGCCGCAGCUCUUCUCAAACCGGGCAACAUUUUCAAAUCACCGCUCUUGUCAUACCGAUGGGAUUUGCUGUUCAAUUUCCUGCACUAGUAUUAAGGAUUACGGUUUAAGUCACGGCGGAGAGAGCUGCUUCCCACACAGUAAAAAUGUAUACCAUGUAUCGUCGUGCUCCUGGAGCGAUUUUGUCAGAAUCCUGUCAGACCAAUACACGGAAACCCGGAUGUUCUGACAGAUGAAGGCGAUAGCGUCUGCAAUAAAAUUAUACCUUCAGUGAUUCCGAAGAUAUUGAGGCAAACGUUUCGAAAGUAUGUGUGGUGCAAAGCAUGGCAUCCCGUUUGACCCCCGACAGACUUCCUGAGUGUUAACGAAGGCAAAUAACAAACAACGCAAAAGAUCAACAAAGAAAUAACAAAAUACUGUCAAGUGCUAAACCUCAUACUUAUUGCGGUACAGGGCAGAGACAAUGGCAGGGGAUUACUCCACACAGACGGAAGGAUUGCAAUCUCUCCAUUCGGGCAAAACUCUCCGAGCAAGUGGUUUAUUUUUCUUCCAAAUCUACUAUCGUAACCGGAGAAUGGCGGAAAUAAUAAUUAGACCAGCGCAGAGCUCGGCAAACCAGAGCAACGAAUGCAACGCUGCUUUUGCAUCUUCUAGUUAAAACAUGGCACACGGGGUGUGGGAAGGCGGAGAGGGGUGACAGGUGAACAAACUAAUCUUCCACAAAGCAGCCGACCGACAAAAGCCGUAACACCGUAACAGCAUACAGCACACCACUCCAUAGGCCACAAGUCUCGAUAGUGCGUUGGUCCCGGUUCAUCGGGUGACAGAACACUUUUAGCCAUAAGUAUGUUGUACUUCAUCCCGAAACAGUCACGCUUAGAGCCAGCAAAAUUAUGUGCAAUUUUGUUUGGAUUUUUUUUCUUCUAAAUUUUUGCAGCAAACAAACCAGCUCAUGCAAUUACAAGUUAUGAAUUGCUUUAUAACAAACGUUUAGGUUGAAAAACAUAAAUAACGUUCUUAAAAAACGGAUCUCCUACGUUCAAUGCUGUAAUAGAUAUAUCAGUUUUAAUUAGGAAUAAAUUCUUGUGUACAAUGUUAGAUAGUAAUAACUUAAUGUAUAUAAUAAUAUAUAGAAUGAUCGAUAAAGAGGUUCGAAAACGUGCUCAAAAUCAUAAAAUUGUGCGUUUUUGUACAAUGUUGUCAGAGUUCUUUAUACAAUAUACUGAUGAAAUGGUUUUAAUAGUUUUCUAGAAUAGGUUGGUAACUAUUGUACCCGAUGUAUGAGGAAUGCAUAGUUGACUAGUGAUAUGAUUA